UUCGUUGCCCCUUGUUGCCUCCGAUGGAUAGUCGCGCGCUUCAAGUUGGCGGGCGGUACAGCCUACAAGAGGAGAUUGCUAUGGGCGGAUGUGGGACUGUGUUCUUGGGAGUCCAUACCGUCGCUGGCAAGGAGGUAGCGAUCAAGCUGGAGCCAGCAGUCGCCAAGCACUCGCCCCUCAAGCAGGAGAGCAAGAUUUACAAGACACUCAUGGGCGGUCCUGGCGUUCCGUGGAUCAUGUACUCGGGCAAGCAAGGCGACUACAACGUCCUCGUCAUAGACCUCCUCGGCCCAUCUCUAGAAGACCUCUUCAAGAUGUGCAACCGGCACUUCAGCCUGAAGACCGUCUUGUUACUCACCGAUCAGCUGCUCUCGCGCAUAGAGUUCAUACACUCUCACCAUUUCGUCCACCGCGACGUCAAGCCCGCGAAUUUUGUGAUGGGUACUGGGAAGGCAUCGCACCUUGUCAAUGUCAUCGAUUUCGGUCUCGCGAAGAAAUACCGCGAUCCAAGGACGUGCGCGCACAUACCAUACAAGCAAGACGACGUGCAUGGCGUUGGCACCUCCCUUUUCGCGGCUAUCAAUACACACUUUGGCGUCGAGGCAUCGCGGCGUGACGACCUUGAGUCCCUCGCGUACAUGCUCAUCUACUUCCUUCGCGGCAGCCUUCCGUGGCGCAAAAUCCGACCACCACCUGAAGCACCUCCUGGCCAUCCCGACCCCUCCCAUUACGAUCCCGUCACGGCGACAUGGAACGCGACACGCGACGCCAAACUAGCAGCCGAACCCCUCCUCACCGCUGGCCUACCGCCAGAGUUUGACGUGUUAUUCCGCUACGCCCGUGGCUUGGAGUUUGACGACUUGCCGGAUUACGCGGGCUUGCGUUCGCUCUUCCGUGGGCUCGCUUCUCGAGCGGGAAUCGAGUAUGACGGGGUGUUUGACUGGACUGUACCCGGUCCAAGGGGGCAGCAUUCACGACGGAGUGCGACCAUAGCCGGAGGGCAUGCUGGGACUAGCGGCGGCGCACGUAUCUGCGCAGCGUGCGAUGCACGAAGGCGGUAGUGCUGGCAUAGGUGUUGAGGAUGAGAUAUUUAAUACCCUGCGUUGUCUUCGUUUGCAUCGCCUUCUUAGGUUGCAUGCUUAGCGCUGCUAACGACACUCGCUCGCACAGGCAUGGUUUGCAUGCUGGAGUUUGCGACAUGACCUGUAUGCCACGUACUUCUACGCGAGUCUUCCGAGGGCACGCCCGGUGGAGAUGGGCUCAGUAGGCAUGGACAGGCUGAUCUCGUAGUGGUGAUAGCGAUUGGUGUUGUGGGCAAGUGAUGACGUACUUACUAUUCGUCAGUCUUGCUACUGAUCAAGUUGUAAGGUGUACUGAUGUCCAGUUUCUAGAUAUGUAUAUUGUAUCAUAUUCAGAAUAUCUCACACUCUAUUUGGAUGCACUAGCAUGAUGGACCCAUGUUUUGACUGAGUGCUGACAGG